AUGCCGUCGCUUUUCUUGCUUCCGCAUUUGCUCCAGCAUAGUCGAAUAUAUAGCUCUCGGCAAGCCCUGAACAGAAGGCUGUCUGCUACGUCGCAUACCCAAGUGUGGCGCGUCUCGUCCGGUAGACGCACGACAGGAAGUCACAUUUUGCCAGAACGCCAGCGAAAGAGAUUAUGUGCGAGUCCAAUCGCUUCGACGUCGCCGGCUAGCGCGAAUCCGGGGACCUCGUACAAUGAACAUAAGCCCAAAACUCCUCCUCCUGAUCUACCCUCACUGCUUCUUGACAGUCGUAUCGUUUACAUUGGCAUGCCGCUUGUGCCUGCUGUUACCGAGCUGAUUGUCUCCGAGCUGCUCUACCUGCAGUAUGCAGAUCAAAAGAAGCCAUGCUACAUCUACAUCAACUCCACAGGUUGCACUCGUGCAGACGGUGAAGUUGUGGGUUUUGAAACUGAAGCUACGGCCAUCUAUGACACGAUGAAGUAUAUCGGGAAUGAGAUUUACACAGUGGGUACUGGUGUUGCUGUGGGUCAGGCGUGCGUGCUCCUUUCAGCAGGGGAUAAGGGGAAACGUUUUAUGACUCCACAUGCGACAGCGAUGUUGCAUCAACCACGUGUGCCGUCCACUGGAGAACGGCAAGCCACUGAACUAAACAUUAAAUGGCACGAAACACUGGCUCAGAAAAAAACUUUAUUGAACGUUCUCAGUAAGACGACUGGUCAUAGCGUUGAAAAAUUGGACAAGGAUAUGCGGCGGCCACUCUAUAUGACAGCUGCAGACGCGAUCCAGUAUGGUGUAGCGGAUAAGAUUGUGACACGGGACUCGAAAGCAAUCGCUGACGUUUUAAGCGCUUCUGCCUGGGACAGUGCCGCUGGGCUCGUUCAGAAGUCCAUUUAG